AUGGCAGUCUCCCAAGCAGCAUAUGCAGUCGAAAAGGCGAUUGGCCACGAUGGUAGCGCCGUGAUACAGCAAGACAUCACGAACUAUGCAGGUCACGGUGACGGUAACCAGCGGAUGAAGGCCUUGGUGUGGCAGGGGAAGAACAAGGUUGAAGUGGUUGAAGUUCCCAAACCCAAGAUUAUUGAAGAUGGAGAUGUGAUUCUGAAGGUGACAGGCACUACGGUCUGUGGAAGCGACCUGCAUCUGCUCCAUGGUACUGUUGUGCAACUGCAGAAGGGGGAUAUUCUCGGGCAUGAGUUCUGUGGCAUUGUGGAAUCCGUGGGCCCCGCUGUCAAGAAUAUCGACGUUGGCGGAAGAUAUGUGGCUUCUUUUCAGAUUGCCUGUGGUGACUGCUUCUUUUGCAAGAAGAAGCUGUCAUCGCAGUGCGAGAAGACGAGCUCCAACUCCAUGGGAAAAGCCAUGUACGGAUCGCAGACGGCUGGCAUCUUUGGCUUUGGCCAUUUCACCGGGGGCGAAUAUGUCAGGGUUCCGAUCGGAGAUGUCAACCUGCUAAAGAUCCCGGAUGACGUCCCAGAUGAGAAGGCACUGUAUCUCUCUGACGUUCUCGCAACGUCGUACAACUGCGUCAAGGACACGGCCGUGUACCCGGGCGACGAGGUCGCCGUUUUCGGCGCCGGGCCGAUCGGCCAAAUGGCAGGCAUCUUCGCCUUGGGAGAAGGGGCAUCCAAGGUGAUCUUUGUCGACACGGAGCCGCGGCUGUCGUUUGUGGCCAGCCGGUGGCCGUCAGCACACAAGGACAAGCUGGUGCUCGUCGACUUCAAGAGCCUUUCCUCGGGCCUGACGAACAAGGAGACGGUUGUGUCCAAGCUGAAGGAGAUCUGCGGAGGUCGCGGCCCCGACUGCGCGCUUGAAUGUGCGGCGGGCGAGUACGCCAAAGGCUGGACGCACUGGUUGGAGAUGCAGCUGGGCAUGGAGACGGACACGAGCGAGAUUCUCAACGAGAUGAUCGAAGGGGUGCGCAACUACGGUCGUUGCGGCAUCACCGGCAUCUACGUUGGCUAUACAAACCACCUGGCGAUUGGGUCCGUCAUGCAGCGCGGAAUACGACUCAUCGGCAACGGCCAAGCCCCGGUGCUCAAGUACUGGGACCAUCUGCUAGCAUUGAUCCGGAAAGGCGAGCUGGAUCCGCUGCAGAUGGUCUCCCACCGGUUCCGGCUGGACGACCUGGCCAGCGUGUACCAUGCUUUUGACGCGAAGGAAGACGGGAUGCAGAAGGUGUUUGUGGAGACGAAAUUUUCGUUGCCCAGAGCGCCGGGGUCCCCAGAACUAACGCGCUUCUAG